ACCUAAACAGAUAUAUAAUUGUUACAAAAUCAUUUAAAAUCACAAAAUGUUUAUUAAAAAUAUAAUAAUUUUGCUUUAUUAUAACGGGACGUCGAACCCAAUCGCCCCUCUAGACCCGUCCCUGACUGUAUUCAAAAUUAUUUAAAUUACUUUUUCAUUGAAUUUUCUUGAAAUUUAGUCCCAGUUUGAUCAAGUUUCCGUGAAUCCCUCAAAAUUUAAUGAAAUAAACGGACUUCCACGGAAACUCAACCGCUCCGACUUGACAUAAUUCAUCCCUCUCUUCAAGAAUGGACAGCCCCUUAAUUUGUUUUUUGAAAAAUUUAAUAUAAAAACAAUAAUUACUCAAAUAAAAAAAACUAAAAUGAAAACAAAUGUUUAUCAAACUACAGUUACAUUAUAUUUGUUCAAGUUAUCUGUUUAACUGAUAAGCACAAUACUCUUGAUUAAAGUAUACUACGAAAGAAUUAAAAUGGCAAACAAUCAUAUAUAUUUAUGUUAAUUGUAAAGGGAAUUUAGACAAGGUGAUUUGCUUUUGCAUUAUGUAAAACCUCGUUCAUUUUUGUAGUUAAAACGAAAACAUAACUGAAACCAAAACUCUAUAUGUUUCAGUUCUGUUUCUGAGUUUCUAUUUUCAGGUAAUGUGGAGUCCAUGCUUAAAACUGUAGGGAUGAGGUGAAAAUGUAUACUUCCAGGAUAAAAAGAGCAUGGUUAAAGCUGUUUUAAUAUUUUUUUUUGUAUCUUUCAGAGAAACAAAACUCAUCACAAAAGAAAAAAGAAACAAAAAAAAUGAGUGACAUAAAAGAGGUAAAAGAUUUGUUUAGUAAAAAAUUUACUUUUAAUGUCAAAAGUUCAUUGCCAAAUGUAAAUAAGUUAUUUAAGUCUGAAAGAUGGGAAAUAGAAGAAUUAAUGGUAAUGAAAGAUGAACUUAAUCAAGUGAAAAGUAAGUUAGAUGAUAAAGAUAUUAUUAAGUGGAAGAAGCAUACAAAUUAUACAAAUAAAGCUGGCAAAGUGAAAUAUAAAGUAAGAAUGGAAAUUGGACCUGAACUGUUAACCCAAGCAUGGUUAAAAUUUGUUGAAAUUGCUUCUACAUAUACUAUUAUACCAAAUGAUGAGAAAAAAGUUUAUACAUUUCAUCUGUGUGAAGCUCCUGGAGCUUUUAUUUCAGCUCUUAGUCAUAUUCUAGUAAUGAGGAAUAAAAACCUUGAGUGGCAAUGGAUGGCUAACACACUUAAUCCACAUUAUGAAGGAAACUGCUCUUCUUCAACAAUUACGGAUGAUAAUUUCAUUCUUCAUACCCUUGAUAAUUGGUAUUUUGGUAAAGGUAAUACUGGAAAUAUCAUGGAUAUUAAUUAUCUGCAUGAUUUACAGAAGAAGGUUGAUAGCACAAUGAAUCUAGUCACUGCAGAUGGAAGUGUUGAUUGUCAAGGUGAUCCUUCAGAACAAGAGAAAAUUGUUACUCAUCUUCUUUUCUGUGAAAUUGUUAUUGCUCUUCAUUUAUUAGCACGUGGAGGAAACUUUGUUAUUAAAAUGUUCACAAUGUUUGAAUGUGAAUCUGUCUGUAAUUUAUAUUUAUUGAAUUGUUUGUUUUCAGAAGUUCAUGUUUUUAAACCAGCCACCAGUAAGUCUGGAAAUUCAGAAGUUUAUGUUAUUUGUUUGGGUUACAAAAGAUCUGAAAAUAUUCAUUUAUUGUUAGAAGUAUUAAGAAACAAAAUUGGUAUAAAAAUUAAUUUAGCCUUAGUUAAUUACCCUUUUUCAAAUUUAGAAGAUAAAUCAUCUAAUAUAUUAUUCUUUCUAAGAGAUAUUGAUGAAAUAUUUUUGGAUCAGUUAAUAAGUUGUACAAAACAAUUUAAAAGAUAUCAAGUAGAUACUAUUGAAGAAAACUUAAAAUAUAAUAAUGAAAGGAAUGAAUUUCCAAUAAAGCAUUUAAAUUUCAUAAAAGAACAAUGCUCAAAUGAAUACAUCUCAAAGUUUAAUUUAUGUUCAAUACCUUCAUCCAAUUUCAUUGUUUCAAAAGCUGAUGAAGAAUUACUAGCAAAAAAUUUCAAUAGGAGUAAUAUUGAAAUGUGGAAAUUGAAUAAUAUGUUUAGAGAAGGAAGUUUAAAUUCAAGAAGAGAAGAAGAAAAGAAAGGAUGGAAUGUGAGAAAAGAAAUAAUUAGAGAUUGGUUGUCAUCUUUGCCAAAACAUUACAGAUUAACUCCAUUUUCUAUAAAGAAAAAGCCAGUUGUAGUGUGUCAGAAAUCCUGGAUUAAAGUUGGACAAAAAUACAAGAAUAUUAAUAAUUCAAAAUUUUGCAUUCCUUACAUUUUGAAUGUUUGGAACGAAGUAAUUAAUAAUAAAAAGAAUUUAAAUGAUACCUGGAAAGAAUAUAAAUACAAUUGGAGUUGGUCUCGUUUAAAGCAGCAAAAGCAUCUAUAUUCAGAAUUGUUAGAAUUUGAAGUUUUAGUAAAUAUGGAUAUAAAUAACAAUAAUCCUGAAAUUAAUGAGAUUGUUAAUGUUUUAAACUUUGAAAGAUUGAAGAUAAUACCAUUCAAUAAGUCAAAAAAUCAUUAUGGAAGAAAAAUUUUAUUUGCAAGUUAUUCAGUUACUGAUCUCAUUUAUGAUGUUACUGAAUAUCAAAUAAAUAUUGUAGAAGAUUGCAUUAAGUUAUUAAAGAUAAUCAAAGAUGACGAUGCUUUAAUUUUAUGCAAUCAAGGUGCCUUAACACGAUUUAGUGCUGGAAUAAUAUUUCUUUUGUGCUGUUUAUUUCAUGAGGUUCUAGUACUUAAUCCAAAAAAGUCUUCAUCUCCACUUUCUAAUCAGAUAUGGAUAUUUUCAAGUUGUAAUUUUAAAUAUGUUGAUAACAUAAGAAAACAUUUAGAACUUGUUGUAGAAGUUCAUAAUCAAGAAGAUCUGUAUCAAGUUUUGGAAAUAGUUCCAAUUCAUAUGCUAUGUGAAAAAUCAUUUUACGGAUUUCUACUAGAUAAAAAUGAAGCAUUUAUGAUUCAAAAAUUACAUUCAAUUUUGAAUUGUUGAAAGAUUUUAAAAGCAAAAUAGUAUUUAAUACUAUAAGAAUGAAUAUUUUUU